AUGCAUACGGAGCUGUCUCCGAUUAAGUCGAAAAGGAUGGAAGAGAAGGCAUCGCUGCAGCAAUUAAAUUCGCGUCUGGAGAUGUAUGUGCUGGGCGUGAAUGAGCUAGAAGGAGCCAAGUAUGCAGCAGAACGUGAGUUGGAGACAAUUAAGCAACGUAUGCAGCAAGAUGUGGAAAGUGUGCGCUCCCGACUGACUAAAGAACUGGAAGAAACACGCAAAAAAUUGGACGAUGAAAUGGACCAGAAUGCUCGACUGCAGACACUUGAGCAGGAGCAACACAAGGAACUUGUGAAGUUACGAGCACAACAGGCAGAGCUCGGAGAAGCAAAAGAGCUGGUGAAUUCUUUGAGGGCACAGCUGGAGAGGGAGAAGGCCAAUGCAGUGUCAGCCAAAGAAACGCUGUCAGAACAAACAGUGCAGUUGAAUACGGCUCAACGUCGAGUCAAAGCGUUGGAACGCGAUACACGCAGCCAAGCGGCGGUGCUAAAUGAUGCUCUACAGGAGUUGGAGGAAUUGAGGAAGAAAAGUGCAGAUUUUGACAUGAUAAGAGAUACGGAGUUAUCUAAAUUGAGAAAGGAGUGGACAGCAAAACAUUUGGAGACACAGUCCCAGUGGAAGAAAGAUACCGAGGAUCGACUACAGACAAUGGAGACGGAAGUGCGCAGUCACUAUGAAAGUGUUUUGAGUAGUUUGCAGAAUCAAUUGGAUGACGUUAAAGCAGAGCUAGAAAACACCAAACAGGAAUUGGACCGGACGGCAAAUGACUAUGAGGAAAGUCUGAAGGCGCGUCAGUCGCUUACCGAAAAGGUGGCGCAGUUAGAGCGUGACUACCGUGAAGUCAGGACAAAGUCGAUUAAGGACCGCAAAACGUAUGAAGAAACAUUAGAGCGGUUUAGAUCUUCAAAGAUCUCUAAAGAGCGCGAGUUUAACGAUCUGAUGGAUGUCAAAAUCGCGUUGGACGCUGAAAUAAUGAAGUAUCGUCGUAUUUUAGACCGCGAGGAGAGCCGUGUGGCUGUCGCGACGCCUAACACAAAGGGUCGCAAGCGAAAAGGUGAGAAUACGAACGGCACUGCGUCGAAGCGAGCAAAGCGUGCAGUAUUUGGACCAGAUUAUUUGUCGUCGUCAGUUCCAGCAGUUGAAAUUGCUUCGUUAAAUUUGGAGAAGGACCGCAUCGUGCUUAAGAACAAUAGCAGUGAGCCUGUGCCUCUUGGUGGCUGGGUCGUCCGUGGACAGAUGGACCAAACUUUUCGGUUUCCGGCAACUUACGUGAUGCGUCCACAUUCCACGCUGACUGUUCACUCGAGCAAGAGAAACAAAAAUGCAAAGGAUGAGCGCAAGAAAGGCGAGGACUCUUUCUUGGCUAACAAGUUUUCACUGAACCAGAAGGGUGAUUUUGCUGUCUUGGUGACGUCGGAUGAUAUCCCUGUGAGCAUGAAGAGUGAAGGACUACCUGAAGAGGAAGUGUGCGCGAUUGAGGCGGACCUUCGUGCAGAUUUCAUGAACGACGAAGUCCCUCCGUGUGGAAACAAAUCAGGGCUUUGCAGGGUGAACAAAAGCUGA